CUCUCCCUCGCGCUCUUCCUUUCUCUCGCGCCGUAGCUACCAUUUCCUUCUCCCGGUUUAGCGUUGUACCGUUAAUAUACCAUUACAAAAAAAUUGUACUGGAUGGACAUUUCGCCACAGGAGUUCGAUAUUGUGUUGUUAAUUUGUGUUAUCACUAGCGGAAAUGGCCGCUACGGUGUUACAGACGCGGAUAAACGCCAUACUGGACGUGUUAACGAAAGCAGCGGUGGCGGAGAUUAGCCAGCUGAUUCAGGACGACAGCGCGGUGUAUCACCGGGAAAUGAAGCGGAAGGAGGACGAGAUUGAGGGGCUGAAGAAGCGGCUGCAGGUCACCGAGAAAGAGCUGAACAAAGUCCAGGCUGCCGUGUUAGCCCGGUGUUCAGUCGGUGUCCAGGUCGAAAUGCUGACUCCAGAUCUGAUGCCAUGCAGAAAUGAAUCACUACCUGCAAACCCCGUGGAAACAUUCAAAAUGAGUUCAGCGCAAGAGCUCAAAGAAGAGAAACCACAGCUUCCUGACAAAACAUCAGCAUCUUUGCACCACAACACAAAAGAGCCCAGAGCUCCCCAAGAACCUGCAAAGCAACAAGACCCACGGCGUGAUGAAGAUGAGUUCAGCAGCCUGGAAUUUGAAAUGAAAAUCGAGCAGGUGGAAGAGCUUGUGGAUCAGGAACUGAGUCUCCAACGAGCAGAUUAUAGCAUGGCCGAUCCGAACGUCAGCUCUGGGCACAAACCCGACCAGAGAGACACACACCUGUGGCCGUCUUUGGAAGACGGCGCAGCGAAUGAGUUCUCCGUUUCCGAUGGAUGUAUUGGGUUAGAGCAGUAUGAACAGAUUUCUACAGAACAGUGUCUGGCUCAGGUCAUGAAGGACCCUCUGAGCUUGCAUCCUGAUAGCAUGUCCAGUAAACAUGUUGAUUCAUUCACUUCUGCACAUCAUGUCAGGAUUGAUAGAGAAAUGCACUUUGAUGGCAAUGUUACAAAAGACACUGAAUAUGGACAGGUUCGAAACGGGCUGGGUCACGUCAAAGCAAUAAGGCCACUGAACAACGCCAAGCACAGACACUCAUUUGGCGCAGUGCCGCGCUCGCACGCACAUUUAUCCUCUGGUGCUUUCUCGAUGCCGGACAUGGUUCCUGUACGGCAGCAACCACAGGCCAAUCACGUUGGAUCGAAGCCCUUUCGUUGUGAGGAAUGCGGUAAAAGUUUUACUCAAAGAAUGAGACUGAUCACACACAAGAGAAUACACACGGGCGAGAAGCCGUACCACUGCCAACUCUGUGGGAAGAUGUUUUCAAGGCAGGAUAACUGCCUCAGGCAUGUACGCUUACACAGCGCACAAGGGUGGUAAACAAGCUUUUCUGAUCGUUGGACAGUUUUUCUAAUGAUUAUAAGUAUUGUGUUUAGAACAUAUCCUUAAUCCUGUCCUGUAAACAGUUACACAAUCACCUGUAUCUGGCACCCUCCAGUGGCUGGAGUACAGUAAAGUUUUUACUCUAUGCUCAAGACCAGGUUUUAGGCUUUUUUCCUUUGGGUUUUGAGCUUGAUCUUUGUGUAUUUUGUUCUCUGGUUAAAAUAGAUUUGUUUAGUUUUUAUUUUCAAUCCCUUGAUAAAAUGAUGCUAAACUUGACCUACUUGGAAAAUAACAUUUUGUACUCUGCACCCCUCAUGAAAUAAUGGAAAUGUAAUUUUAAAUGAAUGCAAGGCUGUGUCCCAAAUCAUAUAAUGCUUUCUACAAAGAACAUUAUUGAUGUGCUGAAUAUUUUUGGUAUUGUGUAAAGCAAGGUUCUGAAUCUUUUUGCUACCAGAGACUGGGAAGGCAUGCUUGUUAUUUAUUGGAGCUUUUUAUUCCUAACCUCCCUACCAUUACCUACCACAGUACAGAAGGUUAGACUUGACCUUAUCCAUAUGUCUACUUGUUGUUCAAGUCAUCAAUAGUACUGGUGGGCUGUAAUUUCCACCACUGUUAUCAAUUUAUAUAAUUGCAAACAACAUAAAUAAUCCUGCCAUCAUCUCCCUCUCUCUCUCUCUCCAAUUUUACUGCCACUGUUUCUUGUCCACUUGUUAUAUAUAAAACUUAAUGAACCACAUGGAUAAUGAGACGGAAAUUGUUUUCCAGCCAUAAAUGAUUUAUAUAUGUUUGUACAGAGAAUGAUAGAAUGACAGGAAAUUGAACUAUAAUGCAGUGCAGCUCAACAUGUUUAUCAGUGGUCUAUUUCACAUCAUUUUAAUGGCAUUUCAUGAAAAUAAAUGAUAUUUAAAGAGUCAAAA